GCGUAAUGGAUUUCCCCAGCGCUGCUGCUUAUCGGGGACCAGGAGCUGCAGCAGUCCGACCACAUUAAAUUUGCUCCACCAUUUCAUGCCGGUGACCUUGGUCGACGGCGAUCACGCCUCUCGGUCUGGGCUUUUCUUCUCGCCAUGGCAGCAGCGGACGGCCUGGAUGAAGACUGCGUGCUGCAGCGGGGAAGAUCUCAGAGUGACCCGAGCAGCAUCACCGAGGUCCGGCUGGGCGAAGCGCACAGAGCAGAUGUGAUGGACCAGCAGAGGGCGCUGCAUUCUGGUUGCCUGGUCUCAGGGGUUCGUACGCCUCCCAUCCGUCGCAACAGCAAGCUGGCCAGCCUGGGGCGCAUCUUCAAGCCGUGGAAGUGGAGGAAAAAGAAAAACGAGAAGCUGAAGCCCUCGGCGGCAGUGGACAAGAAGGCAGCUGUACGGCAGAAGAGAGACGACCUCGUGAAGAGGAGCCCCGGGGAGACGGAGACAGAGUCAGAUCUCGCUUGUGGCGGUAACGGCGAGGAUCCAGACACCCCGACUAACUCUGACGCCGAGGACAGAGAUGAGGAGCCCGUGGCGCCUCUGGCCAGCACCAUCGAAGACCUGGGCAGCGAUUUAGAGGCUUCCACAGUACAAGAUGUGACUGAAGAUUCAAAGACAGCAGGAGAUCCCAGUCAGAGUGAAGACGGAGAAGACGAAAGCAUCUCAGCGAGCAACCCCAGCGAAGAGCAGACGAUGGGGAAAGUGGAGACUGUGGAGGGGAAGCAGGAGGCGGCGACGGCCAAACCUCAGAGACGAGCCAGUACGCCUCCUCCUCCCAACCUGCCUGUCAAACUGCUCACCAGACUGGGCAGCUUAGAUGGUGCUCCUCCAGUACCAGUUAAGAAGUCCCCAGCCACCUUACCCAGGAACUUCACACUCCCCAAAGACCCUCAUGGCUCCCUGUUGAGAGGCAGGAUUUCCACACCCACCGGGUCCCCUCACCUUGGUGGGACGCUGCACUCACAGCUGCCCCCUAGCUGCAUCAUUGAGGAACUGCACCGAGCCCUGGCCACCAAACAUAGGCAGGACAGUUUUCAGACAAAGGAGUCUCGCUCUUCUCCAAAACGCCGAAUGGACGGCCGUCUGUCUCGCACAUCCAGUACCGAACGGGAGCCUUCCGGGGAGUCGGAGAGCAAAAAGGAAUCCGAUGAGAACAAGGAGAACUGGCGUCUGGAUGAAUACUUGAGCGACCAAGACAGCUGGAACGAGUCCGUGAUCUCUGGGACCCUCCCACGCAGGAUGAGGAAGGAGCUGCUGGCUGUGAAGCUUCGGAACAGGCCCAGCAAGCAGGAGCUGGAGGACCGCAACAUCUUCCCCGUCCGCAGCGACCAGGAGCGGCAGGAAAUCCGCCAGCAGAUUGAGAUGAAGCUGGCCAAGAGACUGAGCCAGAGGCCGGCGGUGGAGGAGCUGGAGAGCCGGAACAUCUUGAAGCAGAGAAAUGAUCAGACUGAACAGGAGGAGAGGAGGGAAAUUAAACAACGGCUGAACAGAAAGCUGAACCAGCGUCCAACGGUGGAUGAGCUGCGGGACAGAAAGAUCCUGAUUCGUUUCAGCGACUAUGUGGAAGUUGCAAAAGCUCAGGACUAUGACAGGCGAGCUGACAAGCCCUGGACCAGACUGUCAGCUGCUGACAAGGCGGCGAUACGGAAGGAACUGAAUGAGUUCAAAAGCAAUGAGAUGGAAGUUCAUUCUUCAAGCAAGCAUCUGACGAGGUUCCACCGGCCUUAGCAAGGUUUCUUCUGUGAAGAGUUGCUUAUAUCUGGUCCUGUCAGUGAAGACUUUGCACGGAGUCUUCCAGCGCCUUGGCCCACAGUCAGUGGGUGUCCUGAUAUUCGGGUCCAGUGAACCUUGGAGGCUAUGUCUCUAGAAAUGGAUCUGCCAUUAGAAGAGGACGCAUGCAGCAGCCUCCACUUCUGCUCAGAGGAACAUCUCCUUAACCUUCACCUCACCUUGUCAGAGGAGCAGGAAGAAUCAUGGAUUCGCCAUAGACAAGCAGAGACUUCUUUUUGUAAACAGACUCUUUUGAAAGACGUCCUUUUUGACGCCGCAGAGGGGCACCGUGCAUGUGACCGAGUCGACCAGUCCCACUCCACUAUCAGUAGUCACAUCCCCGAGCCGUGUCUGAGUCUCACCGAUUCAGUUGAUGACGAAUUUCAUAUCGACAGUGUAAAUGUUCUUAAACAGAAACCUUGUCUGUGUACGAGACAAAAAUCCCUUUGUAAGCACUAUUUAUUGUCUGCACAAUACAGGUUUUCAAUUUGUAACAAA